AUGUUUGGAGAGUGCCCCCUACCCGUCGCUAAACCGUACGAGUCCAUCUUCAAGAACUCUCCUGGCAUGUGGCACUUUAAGUUCCAACAGCAACUAGACCUCCCUGAACUACUCACCCAGGGACGGGAGAAGAUAUAUAUCAAGCACUUCUACGAUCGCCUUGGCUUCAAUCCAGUGGGUAUCACACCACGAGAUGUCGAUCACUACGCUGCCAGUUUCGCCCAACCCGGUGGCAUGCAUGCUGGAUUCGAGCUCCACCGUGCUUUCCCACAGGAUGCCAAGGACAAUCAGGCAAUGUUGAAGAAAUCGGGGCUGCUGAAGAUGCCCGCUGCUGCUUUGUGUGGUGAGAUGAGUAUUCUACUGGAAGUUGCGGAGGAGCAGACUCGCGAGUUCUAA